GGCUGCAUUCACAGAGCAGCUGGCCCCUGUUUGCUGGCUGAAUGUCGCACCCUGAACGGCUGUGAUACUGGGCAUGCGAAAAUCACAUGUGGCUAUGACCUGCCUGCAAAAUAUGUCAUCCAUACCGUAGGGCCAAUAGCAAGAGGCCAUAUUAAUGGUUCCCACAAGGAAGACCUUGCAAAUUGCUAUAAAUCAUCUCUGAAGCUGGUGAAAGAAAAUAACAUCCGAUCAGUUGCAUUUCCCUGCAUUUCAACAGGCAUUUAUGGUUUCCCGAAUGAGCCUGCUGCAGUGAUUGCCCUCAGCACCAUUAAGGAAUGGCUGGCCAAGAAUCACCACGAGGUGGACCGAAUCAUCUUCUGUGUCUUCUUAGAAGUCGAUUUCAAAAUCUACAAAAAGAAAAUGAGCGACUUUUUCCCCGUAGGUGAUAAUGAAGAAGAAGAUGUUGACAUGAAAGAAGAUUCAGAAGGGGUAGAGCCAAAAGCCCUCUCUCCACCCCACAAGAAAAGCAAAGCCAAGAAGCCGGAAAGUUCCAAAGACUCUAGCGAGGAUGAGAACGGUCCAGAGGAAAAGCCAAGCGUGGAAGAAAUGGAAGGGCCGAGCCAAGAAGCAGAUGGCGUCAGUGCUGCUACUGUGCACAGCCCCGCUUCAGAAGAGGCCGCUGAAGUCUGUAAAGACGAAGAUUCUGCAAAAGAUGACAAUAUUGCAAAUGACAGUGAAGUAACAGCUCAUUCAGUGUGUGACCAAGAUCAUCCCAAUGGACAAGAAAAUGAUUCAGCGAAUAAUGAGAUAAAAAUUGAGGAGGAGUCACAGACCUCAUACAUGGAAACAGAAGAGCUUUCAUCAAACCAAGAAGAUACCACGAUUGUGGAGCAACCAGAAGUGGUCCCACUGACAGAUGUUGAAGAAGAAAAAGGAGGAAAAGCUCAAGGCGAGGGCACGCCUAGAGUUCCUGUGAAAAGCGAAGGCUCCUGUGACACAGAAAACUCCGCAAGUCCUGAUGUUGAAAUGAAUAGUCAGGUUGACAGUGUAAAUGACCCAACAGAGAGUCAGCAAGAAGAUUAACUAAUAGGGGCACAGGAUGAAGCAAAGGAACAAAGAAAUGGAAGUCGGGGCCAGUCCUCAGCAUUCCAGCCUCUGCUGGCCCUGGGGGGAGAGCGGGAGCCAGCAGGGGUGCUGCGGAGGAGGGUGGGGGUGGGGGAGGCAAGUCCCACGCAAGGAUGGGGAAUCCUUUGCUCUAAUUUCUCAGCUGCAUUUUGUUCUUUUGACUUGCAGAAAAAGGAAAAAAAAGAACCUUUCUUUAACUUGGUGGGGCGACCCACAUUCACACAUCUUUCAGGCUCUGUUCCUGCAAUUUGUCUUUUUUCUCACAAUUGCGCCCCAGCGUCAUGGUUUAGCACUCACGUGUGUAUCCUGGCCCUGUCUGCUUUCUUGGUUAUUUCACAAAGCUGGUUGGACAGUAGUUUCUUCAAAGAAAGGAGGAAGACCAUGGUUUUGAUAAGCUGCAGGCUAAAUUUCAGGAAUCGCCAAGCCCAAUAUCAGUAUAAUCCACAGGCAAAGGAGACAGGAGAGGAAAUGGGCCAAACCCUCAGAAAUCACUUGGGAAAAGGUCAGGAUGGUGACUUGAAAAUGAUACCUCUUCAGGGAUUCCCACAGCACAGGUUACAGCUUUGUUUAACAUGUGGUUAGAGAGGAAUACGCCAGCAGGGUUUCAUCCAGAGCCGAGCACAGAGAUGUACAGGAGGGCAGGUCCUGACAGCUUUCAUGCCUCUCCUUCCAUGGGUAGGACAGCAGGAUUGUGCUUAUUUGACACUGACAUUUAGCAGAGCUUUCUCGGUUUGUGAGGUCUUUACCGAGUGCGUCAGAGUGGAGCCCCCCAGUGGGCUGUGAGUCAGUGUGACACCAUCCUGAGGGAUGGCACUUUUCUAUGUGUUUUAGUUAAGAGGGGGGGCUGCUGCAUUUAGGAUCCAAACAUAUGCCUGUGAUGUUAAAAGCUCCACUUGGAAUCUCUCUUUAUAUACAUGCUUUUCAUAAAAAUAAAACAUGUUAUCUUUACCCAAGGUUUGAUGGCCUGCAGAGCAGAUUCUCACUUGAAAUUAAAGGCAGCGAGAGGUCUCGCUUGCAAUUAUGGCUUCCAGUUCCCUUUAAACAGUGUGGCUUGCCCACGCCAAGUCCAAGACUAAUGUGAUAGCUGGCCCCCUCUCUCGGCAGAUUAUGACCAUUAAAGGGGGGAGCAGCUGUAGUUAAGAUCCAAGAGGCCAGAAGUACAGUCGGCACAGGGGUGAAGGACCCAGGAAAAGGUCAGACGUCACAAAUGUCUGUCCAAGAGCCAACAAGAACAAGGGCCCUCGUGGGGAGAGAUGACUGCUUCCCACAGCCUCCUUGGGUCCCAAGAUCACCCCCUUCCACUCCCCCGCUGUGGAAACUGUUAUCAUUUCUUGCAUAGCUUCUUAAAUCCAGCUUUCUUAUAAGAGCUUUAGAAUUGUAAGUUAUUUGUAUACAUUUUUCUUAGUAGAGCGAUAAAAGUAAUGGAUCAAAUCGAGUAUUUCUAAAAUAAAAGGAUGUUUUGCUUUUUAAAUAUUCCAAGAAAUUCUUGUUUUGCCCUUUCCUCUAUGGAAAUUCAACUCCUUAUCUUCCUGUGAAAGCUGUGUUGGCCUCUCUGAAUUUGCUGCCCUUAUGCAUAGUUUACUUGGUAUACUGAAAUCAAGUGUGAGUUACAGUUCUGCAUAUGUAAUAUGAUUUUUAACACUCCAUAUUUUAAAAACAAUCUCAUCAACCUAGCAGCAAUGCUUCUUUUAAGUCAGUGGUUCUCAACCAUCUGGCCCUUUAAAUACAGUUCCUCAUGUUGUGAA